CUAAAUUUUUACUUCGAUUCUCUCUCACUUUCUCUUUCUCUCUCACAAACACACACAAACAAACACAAUCGCAUUUUCCUUUAUUUUCUUUCACUUUCCUUCACUUUCUCGGACUAUGAUUCUUGCUUCUAGUCCAAUAUUUCCUCAUCCGCACUUGAUUUUCUUCACUUUUUCUCACUACAAUUUUUGGUUUCUCCUCAUCGGUACUUGAUGUUAUGGUGUAGAAAUCGAAGAAAGGAUGGGGAGGGGGAAGAUCGUCAUAAGGAGGAUCGACAAUUCUACGAGCAGGCAAGUGACGUUUUCCAAGAGGAGGAACGGAUUGCUGAAGAAGGCGAAGGAGCUGGCGAUCCUGUGCGACGCGGAGGUAGGAGUUAUGGUGUUCUCCAGCACCGGCAAGCUCUACGAUUUCUCCAGCUCCAGCUCUGAAUUGGAGUCUUCUUCUCAUGUCCUGCUGCAUUGCCCUUUUUCUUGGUCAAUCUGGUCUGCAAUUGUUGAGGAAUGGGGAUUAUAUUGGUGUAUUCCUAAAUCAGUCGAUGGUCUCCUUUCUUGGUGGAUGAGUGGAAAAUUUCAUAAGUUUGACAGAUUAAUUUGGAGAGCAAUCCUCUUAAUUGUUCUUUGGUCUAUUUGGAAACUUAAAAAUGAAUGUGUGUUUUCUAAUGCACAACCCAUCUCUUCUGGUCUUCUAGAACUCAUCAAGUUCAGAUCUGCAGUUUGGCUCAAAGCUUCCAUUAAGGAUUUCCCCUACACAGUUGAUGAUCUUGUCUUCAACUGGAGACAGAUCAAGGGUGGAGCUUACUGUUUUUUUUUUUUUGGAGUUUUCAGCUAUCUAUUGGAAACUGCUAUGCAGCUAUCUGGAUUGAAGUCUGUUUGUUCUGUUGUAAUCUGCCCUGUAAUAUACUCUGCCUCUGUUGAAGUCUACCUCUUCUGUCUGCUGUUCAUAACUGCCCUGGUUUUGUUUCUGGGUGUUUGAUCUGCUUCUGUUGAAGUCUUGUGCAGUGCAUUGCAGUGUUUUGUAUGCUAUUUUUGGUUCUAUUAUGUAUUUCUUUGCUUGUUCUUUGCUGUUGUUUUUUGUUUUCUUUUUCUCUCUUUUUGUUGGUUUCUCACCAACUAGGAGGUUUGAGC